AUGGAGAUGAAGCAGAUCUACGUUCUGGCGGCUCUUUUGUUGAGCUUCGUCGCCCGAAUCUCUUCCCUCUCCAUCACCGUCAACGACGUCGAGUGCGUCUACGAGUAUGUCUUCUACGAGGGAGACGCCAUCUCCGGUAACUUCGUGGUCGUCGAUCAUGAUAUCUUCUGGGGCUCCGAUCACCCUGGCAUCGAUUUCACUGUCUCGUCACCUGGAGGAAAUGUUGUGCACAACAUAAAGGGGACAUCUGGGGAUAAGUUUGAGUUGAAGGCACCAAGGAGCGGGAUGUACAAAUUCUGUUUUCACAAUCCUUUCUCCACGCCAGAGACAGUGUCGUUCUAUAUUCAUGUGGGCCAUAUUCCCAAUGAGCAUGAUGUUGCAAAAGAUGAGCAUUUGGACCCAAUUAAUGUUAAGAUUGCUGAACUGAGAGAGGCAUUGGAAUCUGUUACAGCAGAACAGAAAUACCUGAGGGCACGAGACAAUAGACACCGACACACAAAUGAGAGCACAAGAAAGCGUGUUAUUGGCUACACGGUUGGAGAAUACAUUUUGCUGGCUGCCGUGAGCUCACUCCAGGUGUUGUACAUCCGCCGACUCUUCAGCAAGUCAGUGUCGUACAAUCGUGUUUAA